AGGGAAUAUGACUUAGUGCCUUUGGGUCUUAGAUCUACUAAGCUUUAAGUCUAAAAGAGUGCAGUAAAUCGUGAACCUCAAUCUCUGGAGAACUUUCAGUACCGCAACGAUUAACUCAACCCAUUUCCCCUCACAAACGUUUGAAGGAGCGAGCUGGUCUUUGGAUGUUUGCAAAACAAUCGGAAGUUAUUACUAAACCAAAUAUGAUAACAUCUUCUAUACGACGCAGGAUUCAGGAAGAUGUGCGCGCGGUAAUGGCUGAGGAUUCUCUUGACAGACGACAGAUGUGGAAUAGAGCAAGGCAAGGAGCUGAGAGUAGUAUCAAUCGCAACGUUGUCUUUCGCGGGCCGUCAUCAGCUGAUAAUGUUUUUGGUAUCCCCUCUUGUUUUGGUUUUGGAAAAAGAACAAAUCUGAAAUCACCGGUCAAGAAAACUAUAGUUCUCACUAUGGAAGAAGACAGCACAUUAUCUUCUUGUGAUCUCUCGACAACAAAAAUUGACAGCAGGAAUAAAAAGAAUGGUAAAGACUUGUGUUUGUUUCCUGCAGAUCCCUUAUUGCUAGAGUACGCAGAACGAAUCUUGUCAGUUCUUCCACAAUUGUUCCUUCGAAAUAACGACCAAACGAGUUAUUCCAUUGCUGCAGUGGGCAUUGUAGCUUGUUCUUUGCGACGUCACGGUAUAUAUCCGAAGGGUUCAAAUUUUCAACAGAAAGAACAGUUAGAAUCGUCACAAAGGGAGAACGAUAUGCAUGAGAAAUUUUGGCGCAGCUUUUUCGAAAAUAUGUCUCCUCUGAAUUCGUUUUCGGUAGGUUCGACGCUUCUGACAGAUAAUAGUUCAUCAUCUGCAAAAUUAUUGGGAUUUGAAGAUAUUCCAGCCAGUAGUGAGCAUUUGCUAUCGAAUUCUAAUGAUGCAAAUACUAUCUUGGAUAUAUAUCAAUCGCCAAAGACUUCAUCAUCUAAUAGUAUAUCAGAUCGUAGCUUCAGCGAUUAUUUUCCAAAGGUUGGAAGAAAUGAUAUUGGGCCCUUGGCAAAUUUAUCGGUUAACUCAAAUGAUCUGAUGAAACUUGCAAUAGACAAAGAUUUUCCGAUAAAUAUCACCUGCAAUUUACCGCCGCGGCAACCUGAAUUUGAUUUGAGUGAAGGCCAUCCGAUCACUGUAAACGCUUGGUUUGAAAGAGACUCAGCAAACAUAUCAGAUACUAACAAAGCCGUUUAUUACAAUGCUAAGAACGGCAAAACAUGGCAAAGUUGUCGACCAGUGGAGUAUAAUUUUAUUGAGCCUGAUAUUAAUGAAACAAUGAAUAAGGGUCAGUGGAUGGAAAAUUCUUCAGUAAGGACGAAAAUUCGUUCCGAAAUGCAAGAUUUCCAUUUCAAGUCAAAUCGUGGGGCGUACAAUGCUUUCGACUCCAUUUGUGAUUCUCAAACUUCCCAUUUUAGUUUUGAUUUUUAAGUUAUUUCACUAAAUUUCUAAUGCCACAAUCGACUUUAGAUAUUCCAUAUAAACCAGCAGUGCAUUUGCUUAUCUGUUUUCCAUACCAAUUUUCCAUAAAUUAUUGGAUCACUGUUGUCUGCUUUUACUUUUUUCUAUGUUUUAUGUAAUAAUCGCUGUCGCCUCUAUUAUAUUUUGU